AUGGCGAAAAUCUUCUGUUUAACGAAGAACAUUCUCUGGAAAGAUCCGGAUUUUCCGGCCAAUGAUCAGUCCAUUUAUCGCUCGAAAGUGCCAAAAGAAAUAAGCAAAAAUGCCAAAUUUGUUGAAAAUGUCGUCGAACGGUUCGACGUCAAGCAGGGGAAAACUAGCAAUUGCUGGUUUUUGGCGGGCUUGACGAACUUAACUAUAAACAUGGACCUGUUUACAAGAGUUGUGCCGAUCGACCAGAGUUUCAAGCAAAAUUACUGCGGUGUAGUAAGGUUCAAUUUCUGGCACUACGGCGAAUGGGUAGAGAUCUGCAUAGACGAUCGACUUCCAACGUACAAAGGUAAGUUGUACUUUCUGCACUCGUCAGAAAAGAACGAAUUUUGGUCGGCUCUGUUGGAAAAAGCAUACGCAAAGCUAAAUGAUAUUUCUUAUUAUCUCAAAUGCGCAAAAAAAUGCAAGGACCAAGUGCUGAAUCGGAGCAAGAUUCGCCAAGAUCCUGAUUUACCAUUAACAUUCAUAUUAGGUGGUGACUACCUGAUACUGUACCGAGAGCAAACCUCGCUGCUCAAUUUAUUACAGUUCAUUGGAUAA